UUAUGAUCUGGAUUUUUGUGACACUUGGUUGUUAAUUAUCGGUUCUAAUUUUAUGUGAUUUUGUCGCCCAGAAUUCCGUUUUUUCCACAUUUAAGUUGAAAAAAUUGUAUUGUGGACGCUGUGUACUAUCUUAGAACGAUGAUCCUACUACACACUGAUUGGACGGCAAUGUCGUGAUAAAGAUCCUCAUUGGCGGAGCGCUCGUGCCGCUGUCGCGUCGGCGGGCGACAAGCGCUCCGGUUGGUGGAAAUGUCGGGUUUGCAAGCUAGAGGAGAGGAUAUUAUCAAUGGAGUCGAUGUUAGAGAGCAAGGCAGCGCUCUAAGGGUGGCCACCAACACGCCGCACCUGGUGAGCCUAGGGACCGGCCGGCUAAGUACUGCUGUAACGCUACACCCUAUUAAACAAGGUCGGGUGACAAUAGGCUCGGAUCCGACUUGCGAUAUUUACGUCGUGGGCACGGGCGUGGCGAGCGUGCACUGUCGCGUGGAGAAUUCACACGGCGUGGUCACGCUUUAUACAAUCAGCGGCAGCACGCUACUCGAUGGCCUGUCUGUUGAUAAACCUACGCGCCUCUCACAAGGUAGCAUGUUAACGAUUGGACGAUCGAACUACCUCCGUUUCAACCAUCCGGAAGAAGCGAAAUUGAUGAAAUCCGUCUUGCCGUCAGUACACGUUUCGAUGGCGCCUGUGCAGUUUCAACCUAAUGAGAUGUGCUUGCCUGCUGGCUUCCCACCCACCCACCAAGACCCAAGUCAAUGUUACCAACCAAACAAUGUUCAAAAAUCAUACAAGGAAAACACCCUGUCACAACUAGACGAAGAACUAGAUAUGUCUAUUAAAGAUCUAGCUAGAAAAAAGCCACCAGUUGCACCUAGAAAACCUUACAGAGAUCUAGAUGACUCCAGCUCAGACCAGGAUAAACCUAAAGUGAAUAGCAUUAUGGCUAAAGUGUCGAAAUUCGAAUAUUAUGCGAAGCAACAGAAGAAUGUUAGUAGAAGUCAGUUUUAUACUUCGAAUGAUAACGAGAUAUCACCUAAAGUCUUUAGUAGUAACUCUUUAACUGUGAACACUCCAGCUGUAGAUGUACUAGGUGGUAAAGCGGUGCCAAAUUAUAUGAAAAAAGAAAAAGUUAAUAUAAACGAUAAUAACUCCGACAAAAAUAGUUCUUACACCAAUGUUGCCAUAAGAAAAACAAAAAUUGAGGAUAUAGUAAGAAACUUUGAUGAAAGCUCAAGAUUACCGAAGAAAAUCAACAACGACCAGUCGAAUAUUUACGGUAAAAUUAACAAUGACUCUAAAAAGGAACAGAACAAUCUAGGCGAGUCUAGAAACUUCGACGAAAAGAGAAUUAUAGUGGAAGAACAAAAUGACCUAUAUGGAAGGAUUGACAGGUUACCUAGUAGAAAUAUCGGAAUGCCAUCUCCAGCGUUUGACAGGAACCCGCAAUACGCUCCUGUUUAUGCCAAUUGUCAUUUUGAUCGGAAAUCGGAAGCUGAACAUAUGAGAAUUCGGGCAUACCAAGACAGAAUAAAAGAAGAAGAGCAAAAGGAAGCCGAGACUGCACGGUUGGAAGAAAUCCUCAACAUGUGUGCUGAGUACGAGAGACAGAUCGCCUCAGGCAUUCCUGUAACACCGACUGAGAAACGACCUCAUAACAAGAUCAUCACCAACGGCUCCCUACCUCGUAGCGUCGCUUACAACAACCCCAACUUUGUGCAGACCAGCGACGGCUAUUACAAAUUCGAAACUAGUCACAGCCGAAACAAUUCACUAAGUCAGUCGCUACCAAUUCAAAGGAAUCUGAGCAGCUACGAAAACCUCGAUAUUCACGAGCAGCUUACACCAGAAGUCACGAUUAGACACCAAAAUAAUUAUGAAAACGUUGGCCGAAUGGAUGAAAUUGGUAUCCCAGUAUUCGAUGAAAGUCCUCAGGAAUUAUCUAGUCCAAUUAUGAUAAGAAAACUUCAAAAUGGUGAGAGGCACCUAUCCACUUCACCCAUAGGAAGUCCAUAUGAGAAUGUUUAUUAUAACAGAAAUAACCUUCUCAAACCAAAAUCUCCAAACACUCAAAGUCCAAGAUCGAGGAUUAAAACCACUUAUGCUCAUAAAAAUCUACCAUCGCCGCAGUAUUUUAUUUUUCCUACGCCUCCAGCUUCUGACAGCAACAAAAGCCCUAAUUUUGAUAUCAACCAGAAAUCCCAAAAUUUGAAUAAGCAAAAUCAGAAUUCGACUUCGCAAAAUCAGAAUUUGUCUUUACAAAAUCAGAAUUUGAGUGUGCAAAUGCAGAAUUCGUGCUUGCAAAACCAGAAUUCGAGUUUGAAAAACCAAAUUUUGAGUUUGCAAAAUCAAAAUAUGAAUACACAACAUCAGUCUAACAGAGAGAAAGACCUAAGUCCAAAAGAACCUAAAAGACCCGAAAAAAUCGGUAUAGAAAAACAACUAAGUUUAGAAGAAGAAAUUCCCAUGAUUGAUGACGUGGACAUUUCUAAUGACAUAGAACUUAGACACUCCAAGCCUGAUGACCACAAACAAAACAAAGCCGAACCCAAACAAUCUCACGCAAUUGUACAAGAGGAAAAAGAACAGAUAUAUCUUUCUAAUGUUAGUCAAAAUGAAAAGAGACAAUAUGACAUGUCACAAGAAGAAAAAAAACAGAGCGAUAACCAUUCAAAUAAAAGAAAUUCUCUCAAAGAUGACAUAACAGAAACUAAAGUGUUCAUUGAAAAAGAGAUCCAAUUACCAGAGAAAUUGCAAAAAAAUAAAAGCUUUGAAGACGUUAAAAAAGAACUAAUGGCAGAUAUACCUGAAUUGGAAGAAUUCGAAAAAGAUUUAAAAGACAACAAAAGAGAGAACAUAAUAAAAAAUAUAACCGAAGAUAUAAGGAAAUUAGAUUUCAAAGCUGAUUCCAUUGACAGUAUGUUAGAUGACAAUGUAGGAGAACUGAAAACCAAGUAUGAGAAACUCAAAGAUGAAAGGAAGAAAUUGGUAACUGAAAUACAUGAAAUUAAGAAUAAAAUGACUGAAAUUAGGUCACAAGAAGAUGAUAUUUUGAGAGAGUUGGAAAUGGAAAAAGCCCUUAUAAAAGGCGAAUACGACUCAGAAAUAGCGAUUCUGAACAUUGAACAGAAGAAAAAAGCUAAUCUUAUGGAGAAAGCGAGGAGUAUCGAAGAAGAGAUCAAGCAGAUGAAACAGAAACAAGAAACGAGGCAGAACGAGCUGAGAGAUCGAGUUGAAAUUGCUACGCUUAAGGUGGAGAGAAUCGAGAAAGACAUGAAAAAUGACGUCGCCACGGUGGAAGAAUUACAGAACGCUCAAGACAUACUGGAUAAUGAGACCAAGAUAUUUGAGGACCUGGAGUUCCAGCAUUUGGAGGAGGAGUCGGAAUUACUGGCAAAUAGAGAAGACCUCCAAAACGAAAUAAUCCUUCUUACCAAAAGGAUAGAAGCUCAAAAAUCCAGAAUAUUAACUCUAAAAUCCGAGGCUAGUGACAAUCUUACCUCGGCUUUAGAUGAAACUAAAAUACUACAAGCGGAAUAUGUUAGAUUAUUAAACCAAGUCGAAGAAUUGACCAGCAAAGUUCAGGCGAUAGAGAAAGAGUUAAAACCUAUUGUGACUAAACUAAAUGAUAUAGAAAGAACACAGUCCCCUGAUAGUGCAUUCUAUACGGAUCAAAACAGGGCCAAAUCUGGUGAAUUUGGAUAUUCCCCACAAAGCUCAGAUAGUGACGAUCUGGAUAUAACAAAAGUAUCAAAUUACGAGGAUCAUACUCAACAUAUCAAAGAAAAAUUCAAUUCCAUAGACAGGAUGUCACAGUCUAUGAUUGUCGAUAUUGAAAGGCGUGUCAUAACGGACAUAAUUGACGAUAGUAGACAUAGCGAAAGCCCUUCUAAGUCUUCAACUUCUUCAAAAGAGAAGAAAGGAUUUUGGGAACGGAAUUUCGAUUCUUUAAAACGAAAAAAGAAACUAAAGUCACCUGAAAAAGUCGACAUUAUGUCUCAAAGUUUAAACGAAAACAUGUUUUAUAAUAAUGAUACUAUUGAAGAAGAUCCUAAUUCUAUGGAUAAGUUCAACAGCUUACGUCAUUCGAAAAAGAAGGACAAAACUACUGGCCCUGUUAAAAGUAAUUCCUCUUCCAAAAUACCUACAUUUGCCGCACUUGGUAAAAUAAUCAAAAAAGACUCAUUCGGCAAGAAAUCUCGUGAUCAUAUCAAAGAGAAUGAAAAUGAUUGUGUUAGUAAAAGUCGUUUCACGAAAAACACAAAACCGAUGUCAGAAAACAAAUACAUCAAAGCCAAAUCUCUUUCUCCUGACAAACAAAACUCUAUUAAAGAAGAAGCUGAGCCUGUCGAGAAAUCCAACACAGGUAAUAACGUAUACAACGUUAAUGAUAAAUACGAAAGUUUACGAAAAACCUCCACUGAUAAACCAAAGAUAUUGCACAGAAAAAGCUGUGGAGACGAACCUAAUAUAAAAACUACUAUAUCUGAAUUUAAAAAUAUGUCUGACUCUGGCAAAAUUCCUUCUCAAGAUGACAUUGAUAGAAUCUCCAAAGUCACUAUGGACGCUCCAAUACUUUCGAGUGACACCGACAUGAAUUCGCUUGGAAAGAGAACGCUGGAUAGUUUGAUGGAAAUUGAACGAAAAAGAAUGGAAAUGCUCGAAGAACAAGGGUGUCAAGUAAUAGAAAACGAACGUGAAAAAAUAUCGGAACUUAAACGGCGUGUUCAAGACGAAACCAAAAAACUCUGGGACCAAAAAUGCAGAGAACAAUCAAAAUCUAUCGAAAGCGAUCAUUGCCUGAGCCUGCCCAACGAUUUCGGCAGAAGCGACAAAGACCUCUAUAGAAAUGAGAAAGCAGACCAGCGAAAUCACAACACGGACCUCAGAAACGACAAAGUUGGCCAGAAAAAUGAUUAUUACAGAGAAAAAGAUCACAAAAACGAUAUAAAUCACAGCUACCCUGGUGACGUAGAUCACAGAAACGACAGUUACCGAAAUGAUGUGGUUCACAGAAAUGAAAUUAGGAAUGACAGAGAAAUUAUUAAUCGAAACGACAGGACGUUAGAAGACUCAAGUUUGGUGGAUGAUAGCUUCAACAUGACCAGUUCUACUAUGUUUGAGGAGAGUUCCGGGUUUAUGUCCUCAUCCAUCGAAGAGCUGCAAGUACGAAACUCACGGACUGAGUCUACAGAAGAUGAGAAACGAAGUGACAGCGACAGCCGACCUCUUAGCCAUGCAUCAGACUUCAGCAGAGAGAACAUACUCCAAAUCAGCAACGCGCCCCGCCGAAGUCGCCGCGGGAUCGCACCCUACAGCGACUCGCAGCGCCCGCUCACACGGUACCUACCCGUCGACAGGGACGACUUUGAUCUGUACAGACACGUCGAAUCAGCGGGUCAUCAGAUUGAGUUGUGCCCCUACGUGACGAUCACGUCGACAUCAUGUCGCGGUUAUCUACAUAAACUCGGCGCCAAAUUCCAUACAUGGUCCAAACGGUGGUUCGUUUUCGAUAGAGAAACGAAAACGUUCGUCUACUACUGGGAUAAAAGUGAGAAAAAACCAAGGGGCGGCGCUUAUUUCCAGGUUAUACAAGAAGUGUAUCUGGACCACGGCAACACAUCAAAGUCCCCGAGUCCACAAACAACAUUUAUAGUAAAAACAAGGCAAAGGCGAUACUAUCUCAUGGCGCCUUCCGGGGAGUCCGCUAGGAUAUGGAUCGACGUCAUUUUCACCGGUGCACAGGGCUACACGGAAUAUUUAGAGUGAAAAUGUGUGGGGGGGAAAAAUAUGCAUUUUUUUCUAUAAUGGAAGAGGUGAUGGUCUAGAAGUGAUCAUUUUUCUGUCACUGAAGAAAACAAACUUUUUUUCUUCAUUUUUCUGAAGCUGGUAAAAAAAUAGAGAUAACAGCUUUUCUACAUAUUUUAACUUAAAGCUGAGCGAUAUAAAAGUUUUUUAAGGGUUGGUGAAAUGUAUUCCUAAAACUUUAUCUGCCAAUAAAAUGAAGUAGAAUUAUUUUAAACUGUACAAUUUGAUGAAUUACAAAUGCUACUGAUUCUUUUGAAGUUUAUUCAACAACGUAGGCAUUAACUACAUUACAUUUCCUAGAAAUUGAAGUUUCAAAGUUUUCAUACAAGAAAUUUCUUGUUUUAAUAUUUGAAAAUGACUCGCAAGUUACAGGACAGAGUGUAUAACUCAUGUUGUUAAAAAGACAAGGAGCAAUAGUCGACAAUAAAAAACUAACUAAUAUGCAUUUUAUACAAAGUACCUAUUAUUCAAAACUACACUACACCGUUAAGUAUUGUGCCAAUGAACAGUAUGAAAAAGGCAGCUAUUUUUAUAUACAUUUUAAUGGACUUGGAAUUGAAAUUUUUAAUUGGUGCCUUUCAAAGACUGAUGGGUUUUUUGAAAAUAUACAUUUACAUUACGCGUAUAAUAUACAUUUACAUUACGUAUGUAAUAUACAUUUACAUUACGUGUAUAGUUACAUUUACAUUACCCGUAUAGUAUACGUUUACAUUGCAUGUUAAAUAUAAUAAUUCACAUUCUACAAUUAUACUGAAUGUUGGUGAAAAUUACUGAACUACAACUUGUCCAAUAACAAGUUUUGUUGUGCCACUUUUACAUUAAAAAUAAGAUGUUUUGUUGAGGCAUUAAAAACCAUUUAUAUAUUCCAAUCUAUAGAGUAGAGUUCUCAGUGUUUCCUAAAGUUAGGAAGUGCCUAAAAUGUUAUUACAAAAAAUAAUAGAUCAGAGAAAUUAAAUUAAUGAAAUCAAUUUCAUCAAAAUGGAAUAAUGCCCAAUUCCAUGUAAAUAAAACUAUUAAUGAGUUCUAUCUUUAUUACGAACUUCAAGGGCUAGCAAGUUAUAUUUUAACCCUCGCCAUAUUGCAAAAUUAAACUAAUUCCCUGCACUGACUACACGAAUGUUAACAAUAAUAAUAUCAUCACCAUUUCAGGUUUAAAAAAUAACUUGUCACCUUUUUAAUGUGGUAUUUGCCAAUAGGUCAUUGAACUUUCUAUUUUAAGCUAAUGAAAUUUGAAUGUUUUUUAAAAUAAUGUUACCAUGUUUUAGCGUAUAAUUUUAGUGUGGCAACUUUACAUUGCCAUUUCGAAUAACUUCAACAUUUAUAUAAAAAUUGUUCAUAUAACAUUUUUCUUUUAACUAAGAGAGAUAAGUGUUAUAAGUUAGGAAAGUAUAAAUCUUUAGUUUCAAUGGUUAUCAUAACACAGUAACUAAAUGACUGCAGUGCCGUUAACUUUUUUGUGAUGUGACAGUUUAAGUUUUUGUCGUGAGAGGUAAAGGACCUUAAUUUCAUAUUUUUUAAUUUAGACGUUUUUGCAAACACUUUUUAGAAUGCUAAUAAUCACGCAAUGGUAAAAUCCAUUACGUCUUAAUAUCGUUUGUUUUUAUUUAACAUAUUUGAUAUUAAGAUUGAUUUUAAGUGUUUAAUUAACAGCCUUAUUAUCUUUAAAACGUAAAAAUUACUAUUUUGCAUUUGAGGCCCUUUACCUCUCACUAACAGAAGUGUAACAAACAAAAUAUAAUAUAAAGCGGUGGCGAAGAGAUCCAAGAAGUUAUUCUCCAACUUAAAAGUAGGUCUAUAUCGACUUAUCUUCUUCAAAUGUGCCUUCACCACUGUCAUACAGUUAGGUUUAAAGUGUUUUUUGCACAGUGAUACUCCUAUAUAGCAUAAAAUUAACUAACGCCAUUAUGCAAAACGUCAAACCGUACGCUCAAUAAUAAAGUGUCAUAACUGUGAAAGCAAUAUUUUUGAAAACUGACAAAAUAAAAAUAAAUAUACGAAAUAAAACCUAUAUAUUUAGUUUUUCAUAUCAAAUACAUUUUGUCAUCUAUGGCCAGAGUCUAAUGGCAGACACGCCUGGUUCUGUAUUAUCACGCCAUAUUAACCCAGUGGCGUAGUGUCGGAAGUGCAGAGAGGGCCAUGCCUCAGGCACUGGAAUGGGGGCGGUUAACUAGUCAAAAUUUUUUUUUUACUUAAAAUUAGAAAU